AAAUAAGCGGUUAUUAGCGGUAUAUAAACACCUGGACACCAGCUAAGGAGUCAGUGCUCCGUCAGCAUCGAGGAGGAGAGUGUCGUCGAUCUGUCUCAGCAUUAUAAAGAUGGCACCCAAGUCUGCCAGUGUGGGCGUCUAUGGCACCCCUGCCUUCCUGGCCAGGGUGAUGGCACUCCCUGCCUUCAACGACGCUCUCGUCCUUGCCACACAGGUCUAUGACACCACCAAGAGGAACGAGGUGAUGGGGGCGGCGUUACGGGCGGCGGAGGCCAGCAUGGCGGUGGCGGCGACGGGCGCCCUGCCCCUGGCGGCGCCACUCCUGGAGAGGGUGGGCGGGUGGCAGCGGGUGGACGAGUGGGCGUGCCGAGGCCUAGACAGGGUGGAGGAGGCCGCCCCUAUCAUUAAGAAGCCGACCAAGGAGAUCGUCAACACGACCCGGCAGCGGGUGCUUGGUGCCGUGGCUGGGGACCAAGUUAUCGUACCGGACACCCUCGCUGAAGCCAUCAUUGCCAGAGCCAACAGAGUGGUGGAGGCGGUGACGGAGAGUGUGGGCGUGCGGGCGGCUACGGAAGCGGUGGAGAGGGCGUUGGACACCACCCACGGCCUCCUGGACACCUACCUUCCUCCUGCCCAGGGCGGCGACCACCUGUACCCAGACGAGGCCGGUGUGGGCGUGACAGGACGGUCACUACUACUGGUGCGCAAGACCGGACACCGGAUGUACCGAGCUACAGUGAGGACCGUGCGACCUGACCUGACCUCUGACCCCGACGCCCUCAUCACGCCACAGAUGCUGGUGGAAUUUGGACAGGCCAAGUUGGUUGGCUUAUACAAGGAGCUAAGGCGCGAGGCUAGGCCAGGGGAAGAGGUGGGCGUGGCCAUGACCCUCGCCCGAAGGUCAAUCAGGGUCACCAUCGACGUCUUCACUCAGGUCAACGCCCUGUUGAGAGACCUCUCCUUCCGGAAGGUGACGGAGACUGUCGCUGCAAACUUCCCUCCAGAUACGAAGAUCCUUGUUGCAAGAUUGAGGAAUUUGUACACAGAUCUUCUCACCCGUCUGUCACCCGUCAUUCAGACAGCCGUGGACAGUUUGAGAAGUGCAUAUUCGGAUCUUCUCACCCGUCUUACCCCCGUCAUCCAGACAGUCGUAGACAGUUUGAGAAGUGCAUAUUCGGAUCUUCUCACCCGUCUGUCACCUGUCAUCCAGACAUCCAUAGACAGUUUGAGAAGUGCAUAUACGGAUCUUCUCACCCGUCUGUCACCCGUCAUUCAGACAUCCAUAGACAGUUUGAGAAGUGCAUAUACGGAUCUUCUCACCCGUCUGUCACCCGUCAUUCAGACAUCCAUAGACAGUUUGAGAAGUGCAUAUACGGACCUCCUGGCCCGUCUAACACCCUGGACUCAGGCAUCAGUGGAAUGGCUCCAAACUGUCUCUAAUGACUCCAUGGACCGUCUCUCCCCCGUCGUACAGGGAGCAGUUGAGAGACUGACGAUUGUAUACUUGGAUGCUCUUGGUCGUCUACCACCUGAAGCUCGGGCACCCAUCCAGAGACUGGUCAGCGCCUCGUCCGAUGCCUUAACCAGCAUCCCACCAGCCAUCCAAGCAUCAUUCAUCAGAGCGAGAAGCAUCUACGCUGCCCUCAUCUCUCGCUUCACGACCUUAGCCCAGGAAGCACUCAAGAUUCUGAGAGAAAUCGCAACGGAGCCGGCCAGCCGCCUGCCGCAGCUGCUGCAGAAUAUCCGAGCCGCAGCCGCAGGUGGCUUCGUCAGGGUAAUAGAGACGAGUGUAGACACCUUCAGGAGAUCCUUGAGCGCCGAGAGAGCCGCGGAGGCCGGGGCGGUUAUCCUCGACUACGUCAAUUACGUGGCGGAGGAAGCGAGGCUGUGGACCAAGGUGGUUAUCGUGCUUCUGCAGGUGACUCCGAGCAUCGCCCUCAGGAUAUCACAGACUACAAGGAUAUUUGCUGCUGAGUGGCUAAGGAGCACCGUGACGUCACUAGAGCAGGGCGGGCGACCCGGACCGACUCUCUACAAGAAAGGCUUCGUGGCUGUGAAGGUGUCGAUGAUGGCGCCUGGAGACGCCGCCCGGCGCUUGGGAGACCAGGAUUACAUCAGAGGCAAAGUAGAAUAGAGGGGAUUACGGGCUCGCCAUAGCCCGUGCUACAUGGACACUUCGUUCUGAGUAGCUAAAUCUGAAACAACAACAAAGAGGGAAAAUAGAAUAAAGGAAGAAUGAGGAAAAGAACAGCAGAGAGGAAAAACCGUAUAUAAUUUUAGGUGACAAGAGUGUUGUAGUUUUUAUGUUUAUUUAAUAAACAUAAAAACAUAUAACAUAAAAACAUAUACACAUCCGACUGCUGCCUUGAUGGCAGCAGUCGGAUGUUAGAUAUAUAAUGCCGUGAUGUCUGAGGCGCGCCUCGAGGGACAACUAGAAUUAAUUGUAUUCAAAUUCAAAUGUUUAUUCAGGUAAGGUACAUACAUAGAAGAGGUGAUACAAAAAUUGAUAGAUUUAUAGAUAGAGCCAGUACAUAUGUGCACUAAUUACGAUUGUUCAUCACAGAACGUCUUGGAAUGUGGAAUUCUUAGGGAGAAGUUAUGAGGAUAUUAAAGGAAUAUAUAAUUGCUUGCAUUACGGGCUAUUCAUGCCCGUGCCACCUUUUGGGUGGCUUAAUCUUCAUCAAUCAAUGAAUUGCUUGCAGUAGGACCGCUGAGAACUUGAGGGAUAUAUAUAUAUAUAUAUAUAUAUAUAUAUAUAUAUAUAUAUAUAUAUAUAUAUAUAUUACUCUUAAUAUAGUUGCUAGAAAUCAAACUAAGACCAAUAGGAUGAGUGGCCCCAAGUCUCUCCGUAGCCUCGAUAUUACCUGCUGCUUCCUGCAUUUCUCUUGUAACAAUACAUAACAUAACGUCAUUUCAUAUAAACACAUUAAUACAUCAUUGUUACCCCCCCUAGUUUAACGAACUACUUUCUCUAUUGUUUGGCUAACUACCUUCCACACACCAGGUUAACAUAACCACUAAUGACUCUACACAAGUGUGCCUAAUAAAGAGUGUGCAUUU